CACCAUCACUCUCACCCUCACACAAGACCAUAACAAAACUCUAAUAAAAAAAAGAAGAAAUGUAUAGGAAUAAGUCACACACAUAUCUCUCACUACUACUAUCUCUAUUUCUCCUCGCCUCUGCUCCUACAUCCGAGUCUCGCCCCGCUUUCGCAUGCGACGGAGCGACUCGAAACCUGCCCUUCUGCAGGGUAUCCCUGCCCAUACAAGACAGAGUAAGGGACUUGAUCGGACGGCUUACAUUGCAGGAGAAGAUUAGGUUGCUGGUGAACAAUGCGGCCGCGGUGCCCAGGCUGGGGAUCAAAGGCUACGAGUGGUGGUCCGAGGCUCUUCAUGGGGUCUCCAAUGCCGAUCCCGGUGUUAAGUUUGGUGGGGCCUUUCCUGGGGCCACUAGUUUUCCUCAAGUCAUCUCCACCGCUGCUUCUUUCAAUGCCUCACUUUGGGAGCAUAUUGGACGGGUGGUGUCUGAUGAGGCAAGGGCAAUGUACAACGGAGGAAUGGCUGGGCUAACCUACUGGAGCCCAAAUGUGAACAUUUUUAGAGACCCUAGAUGGGGCAGGGGCCAAGAAACUCCCGGCGAAGACCCCGUUUUGGCUGGAAAAUACGCGGCCAGCUACGUCCGGGGACUCCAGGGCAACUCCGGCAACCAGUUGAAGGUGGCUGCUUGUUGCAAACACUACACUGCCUAUGAUCUCGAUAACUGGAACAGCGUCGAUCGAUACCGUUUCAAUGCUAGGGUAAGCAAGCAAGACUUGGCGGACACAUAUGAUGUACCAUUUAAAGCGUGUGUAGUGGAAGGGAAAGUAGCAGGUGUAAUGUGCUCAUACAAUCAAGUUAAUGGCAAACCCACUUGUGCUGACCCUGAUCUCCUCCGCAACACCAUCCGUGGUCAAUGGCACCUCAAUGGUUACAUUGUUUCAGAUUGUAACGCUGUUGGGGUUUUAUAUGACACUCAACACUACACAGCCACACCAGAAGACGCAGCUGCAGCCACCAUCAAAGCAGGCCUGGACUUGGAGUGUGGGCCUUUUUUAGCGAUCCACACCGAGCAGGCCGUACGGCAAGGAAAACUGGGCGAGGCCGAUGUUAAUGGGGCCCUAAUCAAUACGCUUUCGGUCCAGAUGCGUUUGGGCAUGUUUGAUGGUGAGCCGUCGAGUCAGCCAUAUGGGAAUCUAGGCCCAAGAGAUGUAUGUACCCCGGCCCACCAACAGCUAGCCCUCGAGGCAGCCCGGCAAGGCAUUGUGCUUCUACAAAACCGUGGCCGGUCACUGCCACUCUCCACCCAGCUCCACCGUACUGUUGCCGUCAUUGGGCCCAAUUCUGAUGUUACUGUCACUAUGCUCGGAAACUAUGCCGGUGUUGCAUGUGGUUUCACCACUCCCCUACAAGGCAUAGAGAGGUAUGUUAGGACAAUUCAUCAAUCGGGUUGCGACAGUGUUGCUUGCUCCAAUAACCAGCUCUUUGGGGUGGCUGAAACAGCUGCUCGCCAGGCCGAUGCGACGGUCUUAGUGAUGGGCCUUGACCAAUCGAUAGAAACAGAAUUCAAGGACCGGGUAGGGCUCUUAUUACCCGGGCCCCAACAGGAGCUUGUGUCUCGAGUUGCCAUGGCGUCUAGAGGCCCGGUGGUAUUGGUCCUAAUGUCCGGUGGGCCUAUUGAUGUUUCUUUCGCCAAGAACGAUCCUCGUAUUGGGGCCAUCUUGUGGGUUGGGUACCCGGGUCAGGCUGGAGGAACUGCCAUUGCUGAUGUUCUAUUUGGAAGAACCAAUCCAGGAGGAAGGCUACCCAUGACAUGGUAUCCACAGGACUACCUAGCCAAGGCACCAAUGACAAACAUGGCUAUGCGAGCUAACCCAUCUAGUGGCUACCCAGGUCGAACCUACCGGUUCUACAAAGGCCCAGUGGUAUUCCCAUUUGGGCAUGGCAUGAGCUACACCACUUUUGCCCAUGAGCUAGCCCAUGCUCCAACUACUGUUUCAGUACCUCUAACAAGCCUCUAUGGACUCCAAAAUUCAACCACAUUUAACAAUGGCAUAAGGGUCACGCACACAAAUUGUGACACACUAAUACUUGGAAUACACAUUGAUGUAAAAAAUACCGGUGAUAUGGAUGGGACUCACACGAUGCUCGUGUUCUCAACCCCGCCUGUCGGAAAAUGGGGUGCAAAUAAGCAAUUGAUAGGAUUUAAAAAGGUGCAUGUGGUGGCCCGAGGGCGACAAAGGGUUAAGAUUCAUGUUCAUGUAUGCAACCACCUCAGUGUUGUUGACCAAUUCGGAAUUCGAAGAAUUCCAAUAGGUGAACAUAGUCUUCAUAUUGGUGAUAUUAAGCAUUCCAUCUCUCUCCAAGUAACAUUAGACAACAUAAAAACCUAGUGAAUAUCAUGGAGUAACCAUUAUAUAUACCCAAUAACAAAAGCAAGUGUAAAAAUUAAGCAUGCUUAUUAGUCAAUUAAAGCAUAAAAGAAAUUUAAAAAUAAAUAAAUAAAUAAGGGGUUGAUAGAGAAGAUAUUGGAACUAAAUACAUAAAGGGUUGGUUGAAUUUGAUGUUGUAGGUUGCUAAGUGUGCUUGAAAUGUAAUUUGUGCUCCUUAAAGGAUUACUCAAUGGUUGUGGUGAAUAAUAUGUGAAAUAAAUACUACUAUUUAAGUAUGAAA